AAACAGUAUCUGUUUGUGUACUUUUGAUAUCAGAAAAAAAAGCGAAAAUAGAAAAAUUAUGAAAAAUUAUAAUUUUUUUAUGUUUAUAAAACUAUUGAUCAUAAUUAUUAUAUGUUCGGAAUCUACUGCAAAAAAUAAAAAUGGUCUAACUUCUCCAGUUGGUCCUUACCAAUUGGUCUUCAAACAGAUUUAUAACUGUGAAAUGAAACAAAACAGUAAACUUAAACUUGACGCUUACUUGAGUCACACAGGCAAUUCAACAUUGAUCCUUGGAAAAAGCACUCUUAAAGUGCCUUUUGAUGACACUUUAUUCUUAGAAAUGAGACUCGCUUUCAAAGAUUCUUUCGGGCAAUGGAAAGAAAAUCAUUUUGUGUAUAAGUCACCAAAAGCAUGCUCAACGUUAAAAGAAAUAUUUGGAAACGCGUGGACUGCAUUCACGAUUGGUAGUGGAUUUCCAAGUACAAAUUGUCCUAUACGUCCGGGAAUUUAUGACGCUCCAGGUUUUGAUCCUUCAGUACUUAAAGACUCAAAUGCACCAAAAGUAUUUCUUUAUGGAACAUACAAAUUUCAUCUGUAUUUUACAAAAAAUAAUGAAGUACUUGGCUGUGAAGCCUACAUUUUGGAAUUUAAACGUCCUUAAAAUGUAUUGUUUAUUCAUUUCUGAAUUUCUUUUUAGAAAGAAUUGAAUUAUUACCUUUUUAAAUAAUCUUAUAGUAUUAUAUGAUUUGGCUAUAAAUACAACCAAUUAAAGGUAUAAUAUUUAUUACUGAAAAGAAAUUAAAUUGAAAUAAAAUUAAUCGUGUGAAGAAACAAAAUAAAAACACUAUAAUAAUAUAAUAAUAAACACUAUAACACUUUACAAUCACUUAUACACCAAAGUGAAAAAUGCACUGCUAUACCGGUCAUAGCAUACUGUUACAUAAAAUGAAUAUUUAUAUUGUAUGGUAAUUGUUAAUCCUUCAUCUGAAAUAAAUAAAUAAAUUUUUAUUACUUUAAUUUUAAUUUUUCA